AUGCCAUCAUCAAUCCACUCGGAUUUAAAAGCAACCUCAAUGGACGAGGAGAAACAAACGUACGACAAGACCUUCAGUGACAACACAUCAACAGAGUUGGAGCAUGCUAUUGAAGAGGAGAAAUCCAUCGGUGUCUUAAAAGCGGAGUUGCUCGCUGAACAAUGGAAACAUACUUUCUGGUAUAAAUUGGUAUUGUUGAUUUCGGCGUUUUUGGUUGGUUAUGCUUAUGGUCUUGAUUCACAAAUCAGAUAUGUGUUUACUGGGUAUGCAACUGCAUCUUGGUCCGAACAUUCAUUGUUGACUACUGUCAAUGCUAUUACUGCUUUAGCUGGUGCUGCUGCGCAACCAGUAUAUGCCAGAUUAUCAGAUGUAUUUGGAAGAUUGGAAUUGUUUAUUGUGUCAGUAUUGUUUUAUGUUGUUGGUACCAUCAUUGAAUGCCAAUCUCCAACCAUUAAUGCGUAUGUCGCUGGUGCCGUUCUUUACCAAAUUGGUUACAGUGGUGUUUUGAUUGUUUUGAUUUUCAUCUUGUCUGAUUUUUCCAGUUUGAGGUGGAGGUUGUUUUAUGCCAUUUGCCCAUCACUUCCCUUUAUUAUCAACACAUGGAUCUCGGGUAACGUUACUAGUGCAGUUGGUAUGAAUUGGAAAUGGGGUAUUGGAAUGUGGGCAUUUAUUUUCCCAUUGGCCUGUAUUCCAUUUGUAUGUUGUAUGAUUCACAUGAGAUGGUUAGCUGGUAGAACUCCUGAAUGGGUUGAAUUCAAAAAGAAGGAGACUCUUUACCAAAAGUUUGGAUUCUGGGGAUUUAUGAAGUACUUGUUUUGGAAAUUGGACUGUAUUGGUUUACUUUUGAUGGUUGUUUCCUUAGGUUGUUUAUUAGUUCCAUUAACUUUAGCUGGUGGUGUUAGUGAAAAAUGGAAACAAGGAAACAUCAUUGCCCCCAUUGUUGUUGGAUGUGUCUUGAUUCCGGUUUUCUGCAUUUGGGAAUGUUUUGCCAAGGAUCCAAUUAUUCCAUUCACAUUAAUGAAAGACCGUGGUAUCUGGUCAGCUGGAUUAAUCUCAUUCUUGUUUGACUUUGUGUUCGCCGUCGAAGCUAACUUGUUAUAUACUGUUUUGGUUGUUGCUGUUAAUGAAUCUCAAAAAUCAGCAACUAGAAUCACCAGUCUUGGAUCAUUUGCAUCAACAGUUUGUGGUGGACUCUUUGGAUUAGUCAUUGUCUACAUCCGUCGGUUGAAAGGUUUUGUCAUCUUUGGAUGCUCAUUGUGGAUGGUUGCUAUGGGUCUUAUGUACCACUACAGAUCUACAUUGAGUGCUCAUGGAGGUAUCAUUGGAGGACAAGUAGUUAUGGGUAUUGGUACAGGUUUCUUUUCUUCAUCACUUGCCGUCACUGCACAGAGCUGUGUUAAUCAUGAGCACAUGGCAGUUAUCACUUCCGGUAUCUAUACGCUCUACAGAAUAGGGUCUGCUGUUGGUGCUUCUGUGGCUGGUGCAAUUUGGUCACAAACUUUGCUCAAACGUUUGGAAAAGUAUCUUGACUCAACCACAGCUGUUAGUGUUUAUGGAAGCCCCUAUGUUUUCGCCCAAAAUUAUGCUUGGGGAACCCCUGAAAGAGAAGGAGCCACAAAGGCAUAUGGUGAGGUUCAAAGAUUAUUAAUUAUUGUCGCUAUAUGUUUUGUUGCACCAAUGAUUAUUUCAGCUCUCUUUUUAAGAGAUAGGAAACUUACUAGAGAACAAACGAUUGAAAAUGUUGAGGAAGAAAAUGCAAAUGAUUCCUUGGGUAAAUUCAUAAAGGGUUUUGGUUUAAGGAGGAGUGAAAAGGCCUAA